AUGGCAGCUCCUCAUGGGAAGCCACACCGAUUCCAUCUCACUGUUCUUCCCACUUUCCUCUUCCUUCCUACAGAAAAUUUCCAACGUGCACCUUUCUUUGGGACGGAAUGUGCCUUGCAGCCUUCUGCACCUGUGCUGAGGAAUGCUCCACCCUUAGCAGGAAGUGUGUGCAACUUCUCCAUGGUCUCCAUCCCAGCUGUGAGUUCAGCAUGGCUCCUGCCAUCAGACUCCAGCACUUGUUGCCAGCAGCUCAUGGACAGUGCCUACCCCUACUUACCAGCUGGCACAACUAUGGCGACUGCACUGACUGGCCAUGGCCAGAGCUCUGCCUCAGCACUCUCCUAUCCAGGUGUUCUCCAGUGGGAUCCCACGGGAAGCACUGACAGGAGGGGAGCUACACUCCAGGACUUCACUGUAACUGUCAUUGACCAGAAUACCACAUUCUCCUCCUUGUCUAUGACAGCCCAGGGUGAUAAUAUUUUAGAUCCCAAUUCCUUAGUCCUCUCGUAUCCAGUACUACCUGCCAGCCUUGUUCAGGCCACACCACCACAGGUGCCAAAUCAAGGAUACAGCCUGGCACCUUCCUACCAGGAGGGCAGCCAGGUCUAUUACAAUGACGGCAACAGCCUGGGUCCUCUGAUGCCUGAAGAACUCAGGCAGUGCCUGCAGGCCUGUGGCUCUGUGUCCUACUCUGGGGGUCAGGCCUCUGCCCUGCAACGAGGGAUGGUGGUGAUGCCAAAGGAGAUUCAGCCAAUGAAUGUCCAAAUACCCUUCACCACCUCUGCCAUCUACUAUCCCACACCUGCCCAAGACAUGCCAGACACCAGUCUUCAAGUGGUGAAAACGGAGACAUCCCUGGGAUUGACAGCUUCAGGCCAGACACUCUGUCUGCUGCAGAAUCCAGACCUCUGCAGUGCCUGCACCCAGGAUGUCCAGAAGACACCACCUGUCCAUGGGGACUGGUCAUUAACUGCUCCCAUGCACAGUUUUUUGGAAUACCUGCCCUUGCCUCUUGCUCCGAGCUUGGAACAAACAGAGAAUAACGACUUGGAUUUGAUGACAGCUGAUCUAUCAACUCCUCUGGAUGCCUAUGAGGGCAUAAAAGAAAACCAAGACUCACCACUUCUCCCUUUAGCACAUGCCAACAUGCGGCAGGCCCUGGACUACACUGAUUCUGGGAGCCUAAAACAGAAGCUUUCUCCUGACAAUGCCACCUUGGGAAGCAGCAGCCUUGGUCAGGAUGAGCCUGGGGUGCUGCAGAGUGUGAUGGACUCCAGCAUGGACUUUGCAGACAUGACUACACUGGUGGCAGAUAUUCACCUUCCCCGACUCUUCCACUCAAUCACUGAAAUGAACCCAUUCCAAGAUCCCACAGCAACCCAAUCCAAAGACACCAGGAGGGAUCAGGCCCAGGAAAGCUCCAGCAUCAUCAGUGUACCUGUGGACCAAGUGAGAAAGAAUGUCCAGAAAUCCUCUGAGAUGCUUGAUGUGUCUCCUCAGGCCAGAAUCCAGCUCCAGGACUGGGUGAAGGGCGAAGAGGCGGUGGGCAGUGCUGGGACCAGUGAAGGGGCUAUUGACAACAUGCCUAAACACUUGGAGGGCAAGGCCCAGAUUGCCACACCUAGCAUGCCCAGCAGAGCUAGGGCUCAGGGGCAAGACAAGACCAAGAGAACCAGAGUAAACAACUCCAAGAAAACAGAGGAGCUCAAGAAGUCAAGGAACAGUGUCAAGGAGGAAGAAAACACCACCAAGCCAAAGAACCAGAGGAAGAGGCAACUUCUGGAACUCAGGCAUGACAGCUUUAAAAAGCCUCGAACUCACCUCGGCAUGCACAUGCUAGAAUCCGUGCAAGUCUUUCACCCACUGGGGAAGAAGAGUGAGAAGAAAACUGGCAUCUCCUCCUCCCGGGCUCGGCUAAACCUCAGCAACAGCAAAGAUCCCAGGACAGGCCCAGUCACCACAUCCCUUCUGGAUGUGCCAAGUGUUGGCCGAGGCCCUGGUAAAACCCCGAGCAAUGCUCAGAGACCAGAGAGCAAUCUCCACAGGGAGUGUCCAUCUCCAUCCCAGUAUGAGCUGCCCCCACCUGGGAAGGUCAAGUUAGUACCUCUGCCUUUCCCAGCCGUGGACAUGCAACAAGCAAGACCUGUUUCUAGAAAGCCUCUCCCCCUGGCUUCUCGCAGGGCCCCUGCAGUAUGCCCUGUGAGGCCUCAUUCCCACUCGGCUCAGCCUACCACACUCAAGCCAUCUAAACCAGCUCCUGCCAGCACUUCUUUGAUGGCCUCUGACAAGCCAGUUCUGCCUAUUGCUACCAGUGCCACACGACCUAACAUAACCAACCCCAUCCAGUCUUGUCCUGGGCCAAAGCCAGCUGUCUGUAGGCCAGAAUCCUACAGGGCAUCAUCUCACCCCUCACUACAGAGGGAGCUUGCAUCUGCUGACAAGAACAAGGCCCCAUCAAACCCCAAACCUCAAAUCCAAUAUCUACUGCAAGACUUCAGCCACCAACCAAUUCCAUGGAGGAAAGUCCACAUUCCAGGGCCAGUCAUCUCACAGCCCAUCACAGAAGAGCAGAGACCAGAGCGGGAGGCCAUGAAGAGGCAGGCACAAAGGGAGAGAGAGAAUGCUGCCAAGUACACCUCUCUGGGAAAACCGCAGCUCUUCCUUCAGAGGCAGAAGGAUAUGGAAAUUUCUACAUAUUAUGGCUAUGUCAUGUAAGGGCACCCUGGACUUUGGAACCCAGUACUAGUCAACAUAGAGAAGGUCAGAAAUGGAGACACAUAUACAUGUAUACACUGGAUAUAAAAAUUAGACGUACAUGUACGUAUGUAGGUAUGUAUUGAGUUAACGUGAGUAAUAUGCACAUCCCAGGAUUUAUAUAAAAAUGGUCAGACAUAGUUUCUAUACUUGUAAAUAUCUGAAGACACUAACACUAAAAGUGACUGGAGAAUCUAAAGUCAGUUACAUUUUAUUCAUGAGUAAGUAUAUAGAGAGGGUUUUGACGGUUUCUUGGUACCUUUGUUGUUAUUCAUUUAUGUUGUCUAAGUAGUAAUAUAUGUUACAUAAAUACAUCAUAUGAUAUAAGUCCCCUGGCAGUGUUAUUUAAGGUAAAAGUAAUUAGCCCAAACCUGUAGUGGUAAUAAAAUUAUUCUUCUUGACUUUUAUUUUUAAGUAAAAUAAAAGUCUUUGAACUUGGUAUGUUUCCUAGAGUGUAUACUGUUAUAGUUAACACACUCCUGUUCUCACCACACUUCCUCCCAUUUUGAAACGCUCACCCCAGCCCUUUAAUUAUUACUAGUCUGGGACAGAGCUCCUCCUGAAAUUUCAUGAAAUGAAAUACAGGAUUCCAUGUGCACACCAUCAAGCACCCACCAUAAAGAGAAAAUACACAAGGUUGACCAAUUUCCUGAGGAGGUUUCCAUUUGAUUACUGUUUGUCUCAAGUUGUGUCCAUCUUUGAAAUCACCCAUUAAUACUUUAUUUUGUGUUUGUGUGUUUGUUUGUCGUCCACCUGAAUUCCUGUGGAACCCAUGUGUGGAGUGCCCUCAGAGGCCAGAAGAGGCCAUCGGAUCUCUGAGGUCUGGAAUCAAUAGAGAUUGAAAGACUCCAGGAGGUGUUCUAGAGUAAGCCUGGGGAUACUGCAAGAAAAGCAAGUGUUCUUAUCUACUGAGCCAUCUCAUGAGCCUCAGUUGAAUCCACAUACUGCAAACAACAGGACUUCAUUUUCCCUAUGGCUGAAAAGACUUCACGUUCUACGAACAUCCCAUUUGCUUCACCCAUGGCAAUGCUGUUGGACACCAUGCUUGGUUCCCUAAUGUUCUUGAAACGGUGCUGCAGUCAACACUGAUGGGCAAGUA